UGUCUCUGCUCCUUUUUGUUUUUUUUUUCUUUAAUUUUUCAGCUGUCUGGUUAUACUUGCAGUCUUCGAUGUUUUAGAUCUGAGUUCACCUGCAGGAGGAGCUGUGGUUCGCUGCAGCCUCACUGGAGCAGAAGGAAGAGAUCAUUCAUUUUCUCCUUCAGUGAAUAAUAUCCUCAGUGCUGGAGAGAGAGAGAGAAGGAGGGAGGGAGGGAGGAAGAGAAGAGAGAUAGCGGACAGAGUGACAGAUAAGAUUGUGGCAGGGAAAACAGAGUGCAUCACAGUGUCAGGCAAAGCUGCUGCUGCCUGCACGGACAAGCACACUCCUGGCUGAUCCAGAAGAAGUUCAGAGAGAAGACUGACCUCCAGAAGGUGGGUUGGCAAAAGUUUUGCCUGUUGAUUCCCUCGAUUGUUAUGGUCCACACCAAACUGAACCUUCUCGUCCAGUAGAGGAACCACUUGGGGGAAGAACGUGUCUCCUGCUUGCAUCCUGAGAGAGGAUGGAGAAGCUGUCGGAGAAGGACAAGGAGCUGAUACGAGGCAGCUGGGAGAGCCUGGGCAAGAAUAAAGUUCCUCACGGUGUCAUCAUGUUUUCCAGACUGUUUGAGCUGGAUCCUGCUCUUCUCAGCCUUUUCCACUACAACACUAACUGUGGCACCACAGGAGACUACCUGUCCAGCCCUGUGUUCCUGGAACACAUCACUAAGGUGAUGUUUGUGAUCGACGCAGCAGUCACCCACCUCGACGACCUUCACUCCCUGGAGGACUUCCUGCUCAACCUUGGGAGGAAGCACCAGGCAGUUGGAGUCAACACGCAGUCAUUUGCUUUGGUGGGCGAGUCCCUGCUUUACAUGCUGCAGUGCAGUUUGGCUCAGGCCUACACGGCGCCGCUGCGUCAAGCCUGGCUCAACAUGUACAGCAUCGUGGUAGCGACCAUGAGCCGAGCCUGGGCCAAGAAUGGGGAGGACAAGGCCGACUGAGGCGCGCAGCCGGAUCUGCCGAGCAUUUCCUGUCAAAUUACUCAACACGGUUGCCAUGGAGUAAGGUUGUGUAACACGUAGCACUGCAGAGCGUCGGCUGCUGUACAUUUGCUCUGAGAGCGGGGUUGCGAGCUGUACGGCAUGUGUGAUGUGUUACGCUUUACAGUCGAGUCGCAGGGAUUCUUUGCUGCUGUAAAGAUGUGAGAGAUGAGGGCGUGUCACCUGAACGCCUCACGCCGACAAAAACGUCACUGUUGAGUUUGGUUGUAUAUAAUGACUUUGGAAAUAUCUCGAUAGUGGUGUUUGUGGUGUGUCUUUAAACAGUUGCACAAUUGUGAAAUAGUAUAAUAUUUAAACAUCACAGACACACACUCCUCAAACUGUGACAGUUACUGUGGCCAUUGUAGGCAGCUCUCAACAAACCUGGAACACAGUGACA